CACUAUUUUCUUCACCAAUCCCCACCAUCUUCAUCUCAGCCUCAUUGCUCCGGCAUUCACUCUCUUCCACUUGCCACUUUUGGCUCGUUAUCUCACUCUGAUCAUUUUAAGCUCUUCUCAACUCGUGGUGAUCGAUCAAACCAAAGUUUUCAUCUUUUAUUGGCUUCUGGGGUGUUUCUGCUUCUCAUUCUUCUAAUAAUAGAAUCCUUUCUGAUCCGGGAAUUGCUGAGUUUGGCCUCCGAUCUGGGGCUUUCUUUUGUUUAUGUCACUCUUGUGAAAAGUCAUUCCUUCCCUUUUACAUAAAGCCGAGUUAGCGGUAAACCAUUUUUCCAAGAUUCCUCUAUUUUGCAUUUAGAGCAAUAAGAGUCUCUGUAAACUAGUUUGCACAUUCAAAUAUGGAUUCUUGCUGUGCGACUCUGAAGGCUAAUGCCCUUCCGGCUGAAGUCAGAGGAGGGGGUUUGAAGAACCAAGGUAGUAGCUUUUGGGGUGAGAGUAUCAGGAGGAGUAUAAAAGGCAGAGAUUUGAAUACCAAGUUGUUCAAAAGCUUGAAAUCUGAAAGAAAGAUUAAGCCCGGUGUGGCACACUCUAUUCUUACCUCUCCUCAUAUCACCCAAGAAAAUGCGACUUUUAAGGAACCAUUAUUUGAGACUCAAAAGGCUGACCCAAAGAAUGUUGCUUCUAUCAUUUUGGGUGGAGGUGCUGGAACUCGACUGUUUCCACUCACCAGCAGAAGAGCCAAGCCUGCGGUUCCAAUCGGAGGGUGUUACAGGCUUAUUGAUAUCCCAAUGAGUAAUUGCAUCAACAGUGGCAUCAAAAAGAUAUUUAUACUUACACAAUUCAACUCUUUCUCGCUCAAUCGCCACCUUGCUCGUACUUACAAUUUUGGAGAUGGUAUGAAUUUUGGAGAUGGGUUCGUGGAGGUUUUGGCCGCCACACAAACACCAGGAGAAGCUGGGAAAAAAUGGUUUCAAGGAACAGCUGAUGCUGUAAGACAAUUUGUAUGGGUGUUUGAGGACGCUAAGAACAAAAAUGUCGAGCAUAUAGUGAUAUUAUCCGGGGAUCACCUCUAUCGGAUGAACUAUCUAGAUUUUGUGCAGAAACAUAUUGACACAAAUGCUGACAUUACAGUUUCAUGCAUACCCAUGGAUGAGACCCGCGCAUCAGAUUACGGUCUUAUGAAAAUUGACCAGUUCGGUCGUAUAGUCCAAUUUGCUGAGAAACCUAAAGGCAUCGAUCUAGAAGCAAUGCAAGUUGAUACCACUGUACUAGGGCUUUCUGAGCUUGAUGCCAUGAAAAAUCCUUAUAUUGCAUCAAUGGGUGUUUAUGUCUUUAGAACUGAGGUCCUGCUAAACCUAUUAAGAUUUAGCUACCCAUCUUCCAAUGAUUUUGGGUCUGAGAUUAUUCCAGCAGCUGUGAGGAGCCACAAUGUCCAGGCAUUUUUAUUCAAUGACUAUUGGGAGGAUAUUGGAACUGUAAAAUCCUUUUUUGAUGCCAACUUGGCCCUCACAGAACAGCCUCCAAAGUUUGAAUUCAAUGAUCCAAAGACACCUUUCUACACGUCUCCAAGAUUCUUACCUCCUACUAAAGUUGAAAAAUGCAGGAUUAUGGAUGCGAUAAUAUCGCAUGGUUGCUUCUUACGAGAAUGUAGUGUUCAACACUCCAUAGUUGGUGUGCGCUCACGAUUGGAGUACGGUGCAGAACUAAAGGAUACUAUGAUGAUGGGUGCAGACUACUACCAAACUGAAGAUGAAAUUGCCUCUCUACUAGCUAAUGGAAAGGUUCCAAUUGGUGUGGGAGAAAAUACCAAAAUCUGGAAUUGCAUAAUCGAUAAGAAUGCCAAAAUAGGAAGAAAUGUCGUCAUAACAAAUACUGAUGGAGUUGAAGAAGCAGAGAGGCCAGAGGACGGGUUUUACAUAAGGUCAGGAAUCACAGUCGUACUGAAGAAUGCUACCAUUAAAGAUGGAACUAUAAUAUAAACUACAAACUCUUGUACUGGAUGCUUCUUCACACUGAGCCACAUUUACAGUACUUGGUUUGUGGCUUUAUCAUGCAGCUGGAAUACUAAAUUUAUGUAAAUUACUAAUUCCUUUCAUGUAUGUAAAACUGAUAGUUACUUGGUAAAAAUAAAAGUGCUAUCUUUCAUAUAUAAUAAAGUUCAUGGGCUGUUACUUAUAA